AUGGAUCCUCUUCUGUAUGAAAGGGUUCUCUCAACAGGCUCCCCUGCAGUUUACAAGGAAUGGUGCAACAAGUAUGAAGAAGACUCUGAGCAGCUUGGUUACUCUGGACACAAGAGUGUGGUGUCAAAAUGGCAGGACCUUUGCCAAUCCUGUCCACCUUCUUCUCCACUGAAAUACAAAAUAUUCGAUGCUGGUUGUGGUACAGGAUUAGUAGGAGAGGAGAUUGCAAGUGUACUGGCUUCAUUCCGGGCCAACAUAGCACUCUAUGGAGGGGAUCUUAGCCCUGACAUGCUAGAAAUAGCAAAAGCAAAGGGCAUUUAUGAAGAAUUGAAGAUACUGAAUCUCAAAGAGAAGUUGCCAUAUCCUGCAGAGAGUUUUGACUGCAUCCUAUGUGCUGGGGUUUUCGUGCAAGGCCACUGUGGGCCAGACACUCUAAAUCAUAUCACAAGAAUCCUCAAAAAGAAUUGUUUCCUCAUUGCAACAAUUCGAGUUGCAUUUUAUGAAGAGAACAAAGAAGCCUGGAUGGAAGCAGUUACUACCUGUAACUGUCAGUUAGUGGAGGAGGUACUGAUGCCAUACCGUUAUGAUGUGCAAGGCAUCACACUAGUAAUAAAGAAAUGUUAA